UGACAUCACUUCCGGGGCGACAGGUUCGGGCUUCCUUGCGCCUAGGAAAGGGCGGUCGAUCGGCUUUGCUGCGGAAAGGAGACGAGUACUGGUGACUGUCGUUCACGAGGAAGGAAUUAUCUAUACAGUAAAUAUGCUAAUAUUGAAUAAGACAGCAGGAGUUUUUUCUAAACCAUCAAAAAGGAAUAUGUAUGAAUUCCUAAGAAGUUUUAAUUUUCAUUCUGGAAAACUAUUUCUUCAUAAACUAGUAUUGGGAAUUGAAACCAGUUGUGAUGAUACAGCAGCUGCUGUGGUGGAUGAAACCGGAAAUGUUUUGGGAGAAGCAAUACAUUCCCAAACCGAAGUUCAUUUAAAAACAGGUGGGAUUAUUCCUCCAGUAGCUCAACAGCUUCAUAGAGAAAAUAUUCAACGCAUAGUGCAAGACGCUCUCUCUGCCAGUAAAGUCUCUCCAAGUGAACUCUCAGCAAUUGCAACUACCAUAAAACCAGGACUUGCUUUAAGCUUGGGUGUAGGCUUAUCAUUUAGCUUACAACUGGUAGACCAGUUAAAAAAGCCCUUCAUUCCCAUUCAUCAUAUGGAGGCUCAUGCACUUACUAUUAGGUUGACAAAUAAAGUAGAAUUUCCUUUUUUAGUUCUUUUGAUUUCAGGAGGUCAUUGUCUUUUGGCAUUAGUUAGAGGAGUUUCAGAUUUUCUGCUUCUUGGAAAGUCUUUGGAUAUAGCGCCAGGUGACAUGCUUGACAAGGUAGCAAGAAGACUUUCUUUAAUAAAACAUCCAGAGUGCUCCACCAUGAGUGGUGGGAAGGCUAUAGAACAUUUGGCCAAACAGGGAAAUAAAUUGCAUUUUGAUUUCAAACCUCCCAUGCAACGUGCUAGAAAUUGUGAUUUUUCUUUUUCUGGACUUCAUCACGUUAUUGAUAAGAUGAUAAUGCAAAAGGAAAAAGAGGAAGGUAUUGAGAAGGGGCAAAUCCUGUCUUCAGCUGCAGAUAUUGCUGCUGCAGUACAGCACACAAUAGCCUGCCACAUUGCAAAAAGAACACAUCGUGCUAUUCUAUUUUGCAAGCAGAGAGACUUGUUAUGUCAAAGUAAUGCAGUACUGGUUGUAUCUGGAGGCGUUGCAAGUAACUUAUAUAUCCGAAAAGCUCUGGAAAUCGUGACAGAUGCAACACAAUGCACUUUGUUGUGUCCUCCUCCCAGACUGUGCACUGACAAUGGCAUUAUGAUUGCGUGGAAUGGUGUUGAAAGAUUGCGUGCUGGCUUGGGCAUUUUACACAGCACAGAAGGCAUCCGCUAUGAGCCAAAAUGUCCUCUUGGAGCAGAUAUAUCAAAAGAAGUGGGAGAAGCUGCCAUAAAAGUACCACGAUUAAAAAUGAAGAUUUGAUUUUUGCAUUUCAAAAAAAUCCCUAAAGGUAGUAGUAAAGUUUUGAUUUUUUGUAUAUCAAAUAUAUAAUACUAAUUGUUCAUCAAGACUUUCUUUGUUAUCCUUUUUAUGUUUGAUGUUUAACCUGCUCUUCUGAGAGACUAUAAUAAUAUGUUAUAGUCUUAUAAGGGAGUAUAGGGGUUUUUUUAUUAUCAAAAACCAAAUAAAACAUCUUGUGGGAAAAAGAAUAUACUGAUAUUGGCAAGUAGAAAGAAAAACCUUGGAAAAAAUAUAGCAAUUCUGCUAAAUCCUGGCCCCAUAUUAUACAGGCAUAGAUCUUUACCCCCCUUUUUCAUAUCAGGAUACAUUAGCCUGACUUUUCUAAUGAGAGAACAAUUUUAGAAAGGUAGCCAGGUCAAAGUCAUGUCAACUCAAGAAUUCUAAGUCAAAACAAAAGAAUAUAUGUUAGUAAUUAUAAAAAUAUAUAUUAUUAGAUAUCUUCUCUGGAGCAAAUGGGAUUUCUCUACAUUUCUUAAAAUGGGAUUUUAAGAAAUAUGACAUGCAAGUAAUCCCUCAAGUGUAUAUUGUACUUUUUAGUUGGCCACAUAUAUUCACAUUCAUUAUUUUAGAAAGUAUAUUUAAUCAGUGAAAAUAUAUGAGGUGAAAAGGGCUGUUUUAUUUUUGGAUAAUGUCCUUUGACUCUGACUUUUACUGCAGAUAUCGUAACAGUUCAUGACUUUUUUUCUGCCCAGAUUAAAAUAACUGAAUGUACUGUCCUUUGAAUAUAAGGAUCAUGCUACUAACUAUUUAAUGUCCUUUGAGAGAUUUUGCUAGUAGAGAUUUAUGUUACAUCAUCCAUACUGGAACAAGUUGUUAAUUUUCUAAUCAGUGACUUGCUUUAUUGAGAAACUAGAGGGUAAGGAUAAAAAUCUAGAAUGAAAAGAUUUCUCAUUUUAAUCCUUCCUUAAGGUGACCUUCCCUUUUGGGAAAUUCCAUAAGUAAUUCUUUUUUCUAGAAUUGUGAUCGUAGAAUAUUGCUUUAUGAUCCUCCAUUUUAUCCUGGAAAUAUAAUUUAUAUGAGAGAACAUAUAGAAACAGCAACAUUUAUAAAGCUUACAUUCUUUGAUGUUGAGGUAUAGGUAUGAUAUAAUUGGUUUGUAACUGUAAUUUAGAAGAAACUAUUAGUUUGUGAAUUCACCUUUUACAUUUGGAUUUGUAUUCUGUAUCAUGUGAAUCUAAAUUCACAGAAAGUGUAUCUCCUUUGGCUGUUACAAUAAGACUGCAUAUAAACUAUGGAAGAAAAUUGACCAAAAUUUUUUCCCACCAUCACAAAUUUUAUAGGAAUAUCUAUAAUCUAAGUUCUUAAAAUUUCAAAGUAUCAAAACUAUUCCAGAUGCUACAGACACACAUGUCAAAAUUAAGUUCAUGAUAUAAAUCAGGUAAACUACAGAUAAAGAAAACAAGCAAAUUCUGGAAGCAUUCCAUAUAUUUAGGUCUUUCAGUAUUUAGCCAGAAGGAAGGAAGAGAAAGGGAGAAACAUUGAACUCUAUAUUGGCAAGCAUGUGUGCCAAAGUUAGCUUAUAGUACAGGUAAGAGGCAGGCAAUUUGCUGAAACUCUCUAUAUACUGAGGCCUUUCUCAUCUUAUGUAUAAUUUUUUAAAAUAAAAAGAAAGUGCAGGGUAAUAAAAGUAAUCUGUACUUUGGGGCUGUACUUAAGGAGAAAUACUGUAAAGUUUUAAGCGUGGUAGGAUGGUCCGGCUAGGCCAAGAUACGCAGGAAAUGUCUAUGUUAUUGCAUGCAAAAAAACCCUGAUCAUCAACUUUGAAACCACCUGAAGCCAGUUUCAAAGCUCAAAGUUUGCUGUCUAAAGGCUUUUUUUUUUUUUAAUAUCUCCAGAGGCUUAAUGUUUCCAAUGAUAUGAAUUCUUAACAGUGCUGAAUAAAUGAAUAAAUGAAUAAAAGGUU